AGGCAGGCGAGGUCAGUCUGGCUCCGGAGCCCGGAGCCCGGGCUGCGCGAGCCAGGGGAGUGUGGGCUCCAGAGCGGCUGUGCGGGCCCGGGGAGCGGUGGCUGUCGGGAGAGGCGGGAAGUGCUGAGCAGGACUUCACAGCCCUGGUGCUCCCCAGCUCUGACGCCCGCCCCGUGCAGGAAAUCUGAGAUCUCUCCCUGGUUUCCUUCUGACGCGUUCUGUUCUUUUUCUUUUAGAAAAACCAGCUCCCGGGACUAGGUGUGCAGCAAGCAGCCAAGUGUCCGGGGCUGCGGAGUUAGGGGUGACAUCUGAUCCCGGGCUGGGGCUGCCGUUGCAGCAUCUGUCCUUGCCAGGCGCCCUGUGUGUGUUGCGCCUUUAAGGGUAUUUUUAGAACUGCAGCAGUAGGAGCAGCUGAUCUUUUCCUGAAGAGUUUCCACAUGACCUAGCAAGACUGCUCUCACCUGAGAUGCCAGCCUUGGGCAGUCGGGGCCUUGCUCCGGCUGGACCUCGGCCGCUGUCUCCCCAGGUCCCGGUGCCGAGAGGGCCCCCCGGGAUGGAAGUGACUGUGCCAGUGUGAGGCCGCUUCCAGCAGACGUGGCCUCCGUCGCUGUGAGCGUGGCGUGUGCUCUCUGCCUCCUUCCCGCACGGCCCCCCCGCAAGCGCUUGGAAGGAGCUCGGUGAGCUCCCAGCCCCGUCUUCAGGAUGCCGUCUGCAGCAGGCAUUCACCACCGAUUUUCUCUGACGUCUGGGGGCUACCACAGUUUGGGCCGGAGCAGGCGCUGCAGCCGCAGAAGUAUCCCCAGGAGCGUCCCCAGCAGGAGCUGGAAAAAGCCUCGUCUCCAGCUCCACAGUCUCCAGGCAGAGGAAGGACCGAUGCUGGAACGUCGCUGCCGCGGCCCUCUGGCCGUGGGCCCGGCCCGGCCCCAGCUCCUUUCCGGGCCCUCCCAGGGGUCUCCGCAGACCCUGGAGAAGGAGCCGGGCGGGCUGAGGCUACAAGGCACCUCGGUGGCCCCGCCAGGCAGCCAAGCUCCAGGUCGGGUCCGUCGCUGUGCCCACUGUCAGAGGCACUUCCCGGGCUGGGUGGCCCUGUGGCUUCACGCCCGGCACUGCCAGGCCCGGCUGCCCCUCGCCUGCCCAGAAUGCAGCCGGCGCUUCCGACACGCCCCCUUCCUGGCCCUGCACUGCCAGGUGCACGCCGCUGCCACCCCAGACCGGGGCUUCGCCUGCCACCUCUGCGGGCAGAGCUUCCGCGGCUGGGUGGCCCUGGUCCUGCAUCUGCGGGCCCACUCGGCUGCCAAGCGGCCCAUUGCUUGCCCCGAGUGUGAGAGACGCUUCUGGCGGCGCAAGCAGCUUCGAGUGCAUGCGCGGAGGUGCCACCCCCCAGCCCCUGAGGCCCGGCCCUUCAUAUGCGGCAACUGCGGAAGGAGCUUUGCCCAGUGGGACCAGCUGGUUUCGCACAAGCGGGUUCACGUGGCCGAGGCCCUGGAGGAGGCAGCAGCCAAGGCGCUCGGGCCUCGGCCCCGGGGCCGCCCCGCGGUGACCGCGCCCCGGCCGGGGGGCGAUGCCGUGGACCGGCCCUUCCAGUGCGCCUGCUGCGGCAAGCGCUUCCGGCACAAACCCAACCUGAUCGCUCACCGCCGCGUGCACACGGGCGAGCGGCCCCACCAGUGCCCCGAGUGCGGGAAGCGCUUCACCAACAAGCCCUACCUGACCUCCCACCGGCGCAUCCACACGGGCGAGAAGCCCUACCCGUGCACCGAGUGCGGGCGCCGCUUCCGCCACAAACCCAACCUCCUGUCUCACAGCAAGAUCCACAGGCGAUCCGAAGGGUCCGCCCAGGGGGCCCCUGGCUCGGGGAGCCCCCAGCUUUCAGCGGGGCCCCCGGAGCCCUUGGCAGAGCCUACCCCAGAUGCCCCACCGAGACCUGCACAGGAUCCUUCCGCUGAGCCUCUGCCAGAGGCCCCCCGGAACCAGGGGGAUGUCCCCCCAUCUCUCUACAGCUGCGAGGACUGUGGCAGGAGCUUCCGGCUGGAGCGCUUCCUGCGCGCGCACCAGCGGCAGCACACGGGGGAGCGGCCCUUCGCCUGCCCCGAGUGUGGGAAGAACUUCGCCAAGAAGACCCACCUGGUGGCCCACUCGCGGGUCCACUCGGGGGAGCGGCCCUUCGCCUGCGAGGAGUGCGGGCGCCGCUUCUCCCAGGGCAGCCACCUGGCAGCCCACCGGCGCGACCACGCGCCGGAGCGGCCCUUCGUCUGCCCGGACUGUGGCAAGGCUUUCCGCCACAAGCCCUACCUGGCCGCCCACCGGCGCAUCCACACGGGCGAGAAGCCCUACGUCUGCCCCGACUGCGGCAAAGCUUUCAGCCAGAAGUCCAACCUGGUGUCCCACCGGCGCAUCCACACCGGCGAGCGCCCCUACGCCUGCCCCGACUGCGACAGGAGCUUCAGCCAGAAGUCCAACCUCAUCACCCACCGCAAGAGCCACAUCCGGGACGGCGCCUUCUGCUGCGCAAUCUGCGGCCAGACCUUUGACGACGAGGAGAAGCUCCUGGCCCAUCAGAAGAAGCAUGAUGUCUGAGAGCACCGGCAUGGUUCCUCGAGAGCGGGGAGGUGGGGCCCCGGGGCCUCCCUGCUGCUGGCUGCUGGCGAAGCGGGGGCUGGGGAGGCGCGAGUGAGCGUUCCCCGUGAGAAACAGGGGGAGUCGCUGUGCAGCGCGCGGACCCAGCCUCCAGCUGGUGGUGGCUGAGGUUCUGUCCUCCCUGUCCCGUGCCCUGGAGAAGAAGUAGCAAUAGCACCUGCACCCACCCCUUAGUGUCUGUCCUCCGCGGGAGGGGUCACCAGUGGACAGAUGACCCCUCUCUGCUGGUAACGCCUUAAUGUCCCUGUCCGUCAUGAGCUAGCUCCUUCAGCUUGGUUUUGGAAGUAGGUGUGGUACAGUCCUUAGUGAAGAGCGCUGGGGAGGUGAAUCAGACCGGUGGGGACACCCGGGGGAACCUGCUGGCCGAGUUCAGCAGCCCUGGGGGUGAGGCCGAGCGGCUCCGAGCUGUCCCAGCCCGGCCCCUGCGCUGGCACCCAGACCCGGAGAUACCUGUCUGCUGCGUGGCUUCCCCUUCCUCCCUGAAGAUCAGCCCCGGGAGGGGGAUCCCCGGCUGUCAGACUUGCUUCAUCCGCCCCCUGCCUGCACCUAGAGCAUCCCCCGGCUGCCAGCAGUCCCCUGUCUGGGCCUUUGAACACCCCCACCCUCCUUCACACCUCCCAGACCCCUCGUGUUGGCAGGGUCAGCUCCCGGGAAGGGAGGGGUGAGUUUCCCUUUCCAGGUGUCCGGUGUCUGGAUGCCCAGCCUCCGCCUGAACACUAGGUGACAGGGUGGCCCCGCCUCCUGAGGCCCUGGUUCUACCAUAGGACAAUUCUAAUCGUUAGAGGUUCUUCCUUAUAAUGAGUGAAAUCUGCUUUCCUAGAAUUUCUACCUGUCGGGCCUUGUUCUGUUUUCUGGGACUAAACAGAACCACCACUUACCCUUCUUUUCAAACUAGAGAAUAAAGAUUUGGUUUUAGA